AUGAAUAAAAUUAAAAUUAUAAUUUUAAAUAUUUUAUUUAUUAUAUUUUUAAAUUUUUAUUUUUAUUGUUUCAAUAAUGAUUUAAAUGUUUUCUUAUAUUUUAAUAAUGGUAAUAAUAAUAAUAAUAAUUCUUAUCAUAAAGAUAACAAAGCAAUAGUUCAACCAGAAUUAGGUAGAGUUGGACCAACUGGUGGAAAUAUUACAGUUUCCAAUUUAGAUAGCUUUAAUAUUUCAGAACUUAGUAUUAACUUUCAAUCAAUUCAAUAUCGUAAACAUACAUUCCAAUGUUUUGAUCAAAUUCCAUUAACAAAUACUUCAAUUCAAUGUUCAAUUCCAAAAGGAUUCGGUACCUACAUUGUUAUAGUUAAAGAUGAUAAAGUUAAAUCCAAUCCAUUAUUUUGGUCUUAUAAAUUAGGUCAAUUAUCAAAGAAAAAUUUAUACAAUAAAAUUAAUUAG